UCAGACAGCCACGAUGCGGUGCUGAGAUUUAACUGCGCUCCGACCGACAGGUUUGAGAAGUUCGUCGGUAACCGAACAGACUUUCGCAUGGUCAACACACUCAUCCCUUCGCGAAGGUGCCGACCGGAAUUCUGGAGCGAGAACAGCACGUCCAUGUUCAAGCACGGAAGAUUGGUCAUUAGAAACAUGAACGCCAUCAACUUGACACCGCAAGGUUUAGACCUUAAAAGGGAUACACAUCAUGCUUUUGAGAACUGGAUCAAAUACCGGAAGACCUUUCCGAACAGGACUUUGCCUUUCAUACAGAGGCCUAAAUUUGGACAGGAUCUCCAGGCCGAAGUGAUGCGCUUCUGUGACACCACUAGACUAUGUAACAAGACCAAGUGGAGUCCAAGCACAGGGAUAUUUGGUGUGGUGAUGAUGAUGCACCUCUGCGACUGGGUCCGUGUCUACGAGUUUGUUCCCUCCAACAGAGACAACACAACGCACGUCUACUACUUCGACGAGAACUUCGUACGGCCGGGAGGCGAUAGACACUCCUACAACCAAGAGCGAACUUACGUCAAAACGUUGUCACUGACUCCAGAUACAGACAUAGAAGAUACCGGCGUUGUGCUGUUGGAAGGACUCUCUCGGAUUAGCUGCGGCUGAUCCUGUUAGGUCUUGAUUUACUAUCGCUAGAGCCGUAUACAUGCUUAGUCGAGACUAUAUGUUGCGUGCACUUGUUCUUAACACAGCAGGAAAACUGAAGACAUAACGAGAAAACGAGGUGACUUUAAAACAAUCAGGUGGGUCGGAUAGAGAUGGUGCAAAGGCGAGCAGCCCGGUAUGUUACAAACAACUUCCAUCGUACAAGCUCUGUCACUGACAUGAUUGACAAGCUUGGCUGGCAACCCUAGAAAACCGAAGG